UGGGUUUGGCACUACUUCAGGGAAGGUGCAGAGAGCACCGCUUGGUGUUUGUCACGAAAACAAACAAUAAUUGCAGAAUCUGCACAGAGGAGAACCAGAGCUCAGGUCUGGAACUAACUGGGACAUUUCUGUUGGUGACGGGUCUUGCUGCUGGUACCUCUGGGAGACGGAAAACUGCGCUCAGCCCCACUUGUAUCUGGGACUGUUCAGUGAAAAUUGAGUAGGCUGGGGCGUGGGCAAACACCAACUCACGGACAGAUCCGGAAUAAAAGUUUCAGAUGAUGGUGUUUCCGAUCCACACAAUGGUGCACCUGAUCAUUUUUCAGACUGUGAUAUCAGUCACCAAUUCAGCUCAUGUGAUGGGUCACUCCAAAGUUAUUCGUUUCUUGGCAGUUGGAGAUUGGGGUGGGCUCCCAUAUUCACCAUUCACCACACCUGUGGAGAAAAGAACUGCACAACAAAUGGGUGUUGUGGCUGAGAUGAUGGGUGCUGACUUUGUUCUCUCUCUGGGGGAUAACUUUUAUUACGAUGGAGUUAAUAGUGUAACUGAUAAAAGAUUCCAGGAAACAUUUGAGGAAAUCUUUUCUGCCAAGUCACUGAAGGACGUGCCCUGGUUUGUUGUAGCAGGAAACCAUGAUCAUUUGGGCAAUGUAACUGCACAGAUCGAGUAUUCCAAGGUUUCCAAAAGAUGGAACUUUCCACAUUAUUACUAUGACCUAAAUUUCACCAUCACAGACUCAAACACCACUGUUACAAUCCUGAUGCUCGACACUGUCCUUCUUUGUGGAAUUUCUGAUGACUUCCAGGGGAAGGGACCAGAAGCACCAAAAGACUAUACUGUGGCUAACACACAACUUGAGUGGGUCAAAGACAAGCUGAAAAAUUCCAGAUCAGACUUCCUGAUUGUCGCUGGACACUACCCAGUUUGGUCAAUAGCUGAACAUGGACCCACCAGCUGUCUGGUAGAAAAGCUGUACCCUCUCCUCACUCAGUACAAGAUCAGUGCAUACUUCUGCGGGCAUGACCACAACCUACAGUUUAUUCAGGAUAGCAAUGGUAUUGGCUACGUCCUAAGUGGAGCUGGAAAUUUCAUGGAAAAUUCAACGAGGCACAAGGACUGUGUUCCAAAGGAGUGGCUUAAAUUUUUCUACACAGACAUCAGCUCUUUGGGAGGCUUUGUUUAUGUAGAGAUCACCUCAGAUGAGAUGCUGAUCACAUUCAUUGAGGCUCAUGGUAAAUCCCUUUAUCAGACCACUAUCCCCAGACGCUCAAACAGAUGAAGCAACUUAAUCAGCUAUUGCAAAAGAUAGUAAAAAUGCAUAGUGCUGAAUGGAAGAUCUCAUUGCUUUUACUGCUUUAAAUGUAACAAGUGGCUCUCUGCUUUCUUUUCAUGUACACUUAAAAAGAUGUCUGUUUUUAUUGGGACAUUCUCUUUAGUCUAACAUCUGCCAAGUUAACCCUCCAUGGUUUCAAAAUUAACCCUCCAUGGUUUCAAAAUCUUGCACUGAGUUGCUAAUACAUGCAAAUAGAAAGACUGGUGCCUAGGCUUCUUCCACAUUUUAGCUCCAUAGACUUUAAGUUUACAUUUCUAAAGUCCAUUGUUUGUUUGAAUAACAAGAUAUCUGUGCAAUAAACUUGUUUCAACUUGUAUAAAGGAUAUUGCUGAUCGAAGCACAAGUAGUAUUUUCUCAGUGUUUGGCUCAGCUACGUCAACAAACCAGGAGCAAGAGGAGGAAAUGAUGCAGAAUGAGUUUGAAUAAAGUAUAAGGGGGAAGUGACAUAGCUUCAGCCACUCUGGUCAAGGGAUCUCCUACUUCUAGAGAAAGUUUGCUGGAAUACUUACACUGCAAAAAAAAAAUUCAACAGGCUUUGCUAGCACACCAUUUUCAGCUGGAAUUGGAAUGAUAUCAAGUGAGAGUUUCAACUAUAAACAGGCCCCAACCAUAUAUCCCAUAGCACACAUGAGCUAGUGGCAUGAUUCAACUCUAGUUGUUUGUAUAAAGUUGGUUUAAUAGACAUAACAACAAAAAUUAUGUCGGCAGGAGUGAAGGAAUAAAGUGGCCAGAAAGCUUCUUACUGCAUGCAAGGCCUUCUCUGAUAUUUGAAUUAACCUGAUGUUUUCUGAACCUAUUUUCUGAUGUAAAGUGUUCUUAACAUUCUGUAAUUGUUUUUGUAUGAUUCUUGAUGUCUAAAUUUGGGAGUAAAUACUGAAGUAAC